CUCAGUAAGACAGUGACUCUGGUUGCGUGAGGUUGUGUCGCGUCGCCUCUUAGUCUUGUCUCACUUGCUCCUGCCUCGUCUGCGCUGACCGUCAAAGAGAUUGGCCGUGUGGCGCCGUGCCCUCAGUUGACGUGACGGGACUCAGCGGCGCCUCCUGGUGACGAGGUCGUGACAUCCUUCCAGAUCCAGAGAGAGAGAGAGAGAGAGAGAGAGAGAGAGAGAGAGAGAGAGAGAGAGAGAGAGAGAGAGAGAGAGGCAAACACACACUCCAUUUCACAUCACCGCUCACUAACUCAACACUCACGCACCACACUUACUCAUGCAUCACCACUCCUAGCUCAGCACUCACUCCUAGGUGCCGAUGAUGACAGUGGUGACGUGGUGGCGGGUGUGUUGAGUGCUGAGGUGACAAGUGACGUACUGACAUGACGAGGAAGUGAAGAGGAGGAGGAGGAAUGUUGGUGACGAGGUGGAAGUGUGCUUGCGUGUAGUGUGUGUGUGUGUGUGUGUGUGUGUGUGCGUGUGCGUAUGCGUGUGUGUCGUAAGCACUCAGCACUAUGGAGAGGCUGGUGUGCGUGUUAGUGGUGCUGCGGUGCUGUUCUUCGCUGUGGCUGGGAGAGUGCAACAAGCCCUUAGGAGUGUCGACAGGGGAGCUCCUGGACAAGGCUCUCACUGCCUCCUCCGCCCAUGACCACAUCGUCGGCCCACACAGAGCAAGGCUGGGCGUGGAGGGUGGCGGUGGAGCGUGGUGCCCUCGCUCCAUGGUGGACUCGUGCCAGAAGGAGUGGCUUGAGGUGGACCUAGGAGCGCUGCGGCUGGUGACGGCGGUGGCCACGCAGGGACGCCACGCUAACGGCCAGGGGCAGGAGUACACGCCCGCGUACACCCUCAGCUACUGGCGCCCCGGCAUGGCAGACUUCACCUUCUACUCGGCACACCCCAGCAAGGCGAACAAGACUCUGCUCGUGGGCAACUCUGACACUUACACUGAGGUGAAGAACAGCCUGGCGCGCCCCCUGCUGGCUUCCAAGGUCCGUCUGCAACCCUACAGCCACCACAGGCGCGUGGUGUGUCUGCGUCUGGAGCUGUUUGGAUGCAACUACACAGACGGCCUGGUGAGCUACAGCGUGGGCGGAGGACCCAUGCGAAGUCUUGUGGGCGCGGGCGUGGGUGACAGCGUUAGUGUGGGCGAAGGGAUGUUGUUUGAUGGCCUGGUGGGGCUGAAAGGAGAGAUGGGAGAAGGACCCCAUCAACCCAUCGUGGAAGUAGAAGGUCUCGAGCCAGCUCCUGACGUCCCUACAAUGAUGACGUUCAACUUCGACAUGAUGAGGAAAUUUCGAAGUCUCCACCUGUACUUGCUCUCCUCCCAACUCACUGGCAAGCCCAAGAUGAAAGCCAAGAUCUCAUUCGGCACCAACUCCUCCCUUUAUGACGACACGCCGCUGACCACCACCUGGGGCGCCUCUGUCCUCUCGCCGGCGGGACCCCAGAACUUGACCUUUGACCUGAGACAGCGGCCCGGCGCGUCACUGCAGCUGGAGGUGGUGGUGUCUGGGAUGGAGGCGAAUAUUCUGGAGGUGUACUUUGAUUCCUACCCCUGUGGGUGCGGGCUGGGUGACUGGGAGGCGCGCCCAGCCACCACGCCCGAGGAACGCACCGCCUCACGCCCACGAGAUCCUCCCGAUGAGGUGUGGGCUGUCUACACCGCCCACCAACACCGCACCUACGUGGGCGUGGCCGUGGGCUUCAGUGUGGGCGUGGGCGUACUUGUGUUAGUGUGGGCGGGGGUGUGGCUGAGACGACGCCGUGGAAAAAGCUCAUCUCCCAGGGUAUUCCGCCGCCCACCGCCCGACACCCUGGACAUGAAGAGCCUGAUGGAGGGCGUGGGUGCGGGUGUGGGCGUCCUGGGAAGCACCACGCCCACGUAUGAAGAGGGAAGCUGCCUACUGUACGAAGACUUGCAGAAAAUGCCGCUUGUCCCGCCCAUGUCCACCCCACGCCCACCCACGCCUGAUUCCACGCCCGUCUAUGCCACGCCCACUCUGAAGCCUUCAUCGACCUUCCCCUCCACGUCUUACUUCACGCCCAUCCCCCGCCCAGUGACUCUUGCCUCCAUUCCCCGCCCGCCGCCCAUCCCACCCCCACCUGAGAAGUAUGACUUGAAAAUACAGGUCCCAUCCGUGACUGGUCCGUGGCUGACGUCCGUGUAUCGCCAAGACCCCGCCCACGCCCACGGCCACGGACACGCCCACGCCCACACGCCCACACUCGCAGCGGACAGAGUCACACGGACGGAACUGCUGGCAUCGGGGGCCUUUGCUACGCUGUCUGCAGGCGUGGUGAGCAGCAGUGAGGCGGCGGAGGACGACGAGGAGGCGCAGGUGACCCAGGCAGCUCUUGUCACGGUAACGGCACACAAGGCAGCCCCUGCAGCCACCCGCCAGGCUCAGCUGCUCUCCUCCCUCGCCCAUGAAAACGUGUGUCGCUUCAUGGGUGUGGUUAUGGGCGGUCCCGUGGGCGUGACCCUGGUGUUGGAGUACCAGCAGGACGCCCACCUCCCGGAGUACCUUCAGCGCAGAACUCUCUCCCCCGCCCAGUACACCGCCCCCCCAGCCCCCCCAGCCACGCCCACAGACCACACCGCCGCCCACGCGCAUAUAAGCGUGGGCGGCUUGGUGGGCGUGGCGACCCAGGUGGCGGCGGGCAUGGCUCACCUGGAGAGUCUGCACAUCACCCACACUGAUCUGGCGGCAAGGAAUGUGGUGAUCGUGGGCGGCGAGAGCGGCGUAGUGAAGGUGACACAGGUGGGGUCAGCGCUCCCCCGCUACGCAUCAGACUACUGGCGCGCCCCUGAUGGCCGCGGCCCCGCUCCCCUGCGCUGGUGUGCCCCCGAGGUGUUGUGUCAGAGUUCCUUCAGCACUGGUAGUGACGUGUGGGCCUUCGGUGUGACCCUGUGGGAGAUACUUACCCUCGCAAGGCGCCGCCCACACCACCACCUCUCCGACGACCUGCUCUUCCACGCUCUCGUCUCCACGCACGCCCACGCCCUCACCCCCCGCCCGCUGAUGAUGCCUAUGCCACGCCGCAGGUGCAGCUCACCCCGCCGGCCUGGUGCCCUCGGGAGGUACAGGACGUUAUGACCUCCUGUUGGCGGCCACACGUCACACACCGCCCUUCCUUCAACACCAUACACUCUAUCUUGUCAAGCCACGCAACCCAGCGCCUUUAAGUGAAGGUGCGGGCCUUGAGUGGUAAAGGACACCCACAUCAGCGCCUCCUGCAGUACCCUCAAGCGCUCCCCAAGCCCAAGCUAGUGUUUGCUUGCAGCUGGACAUGGCGAGGGUACUGCAUGCGUGUGUGUGUGGAGGGGAGUGGUGAGGCGUCACAACAUAUCACGGAGGGCGCGGGAGUGUCGCGUGGUGUGCUUUGCGGGUCCUUCUCUCCGUAACUCCUGACGGUGAAGAGACAACGCCGCACUACCCGUGGCCGCUGACUGGGAGAAGACUCCGGCAAUACCUCACGGGGCAGGGGCCGUAUUCUGAAGCACUUAUGCGCCGCACCUCCGCUACAUUCAAGAGGCUCUAGUUAAAGUUACACAGGUUUUCAAGGGUGUUUUUAUGGCUCUAGUGACAGAUUAACAAGAUUUAUACAUUAUGAACAAGAGAAACACUCUUGAGUACUUGGCUAAUCAUCUCUGUGUCCUCUGAAAAUAGUUAUUGGGAAGUGAGACGGGUUCUUAAGGUUUUUUUCGGUUCUUGUGACAGAUUGACAAGAUUUCCACAUGAUUAACAGGAGAAACAGUCUUGAGAACCCGGCUAAUCUUCUCUGCGGGCUUUGAAAAUAGUCGUGUCGAGAGAGCAAAGCGUUCCAGAAUACAGACCCAGGACUCCCUCUGCGGGACCCCUGCGGCCACGUGCGGGUCUCAACGCGGCGCCUCAACUGAUUCAGAGCCUUCAGUAAUGCCUCACGUCGAGGGCUGCAACACCUGCUAGUCUGUCGAUUGUACAUUGAUACUUGUAACUUUUGUGACCUACCUUAAGACCAGGGACCCGCGGCCUUCAGGAAGGAGGCGUGGCGGGGGAAAGGACCUGCCCGUAUUCGAAACUUCUGCCUGCAUCUCCACUACUUUUAAAAGGCUCUUGUUAAAGCUGCACGGGUUUUUAAGGAUGAUUUUUUUUAUGGUUCUAGUGACAGAUUAACAAGAUUUGUACAUUAUCAGCAGGAGAAACACUCUUGAGAACCAGACUGGUCACCUCUGUGGCUUUGGAAAAUACUUGUGGUGAGAGAGACAAACGUUUCUGAAUACGGGAUGUGGUGUGACCCUUGUGGCCUCCUCCUGGGCUGCUUAGUGGGUGCCUGUGUGUGUGUGUGUGUGUGUGUGUGUGUGUGUGUGUGUGUGUGUGUGUGUGUGUGUGUGUGUGUGUGUGUGUGUGUGUGUGUGUGUGUGUGUGUGUGUGUUUCUGCACGGACGCAAUGGUGACUGGAAAUGACUGACUGUUUUCCAAGAGGCUACACUUCCUCUCACACUCUCUUCCGUACCUGGACUCUAGGCUUAGAGGACUUAAGAACUAUGUAGCUGUAAUUUCCAUAAGAAUAUACAUACAUACAUAUGAACUAGUUUUAUCAUGUCGGUGGUGCAUUCCAAGGUGUGUGUGUGUGUGUGUGUGUGUGUGUGAAAGAGAGAGAGAGAGAGAGAGAGAGAAGAGAGAGAGAGAGAGACAAGGACAGGAAUUAACUUAGGUGUAUCAGUGUUUUUAGUAACUAACCAAGUAACCUAGGUGUGUGUGUGUGUGUGUGUGUGUGUGUGUGUGUGUGUGUGUGUGUGUGUGUGUGUGUGUGUGUGUGUGUGUGUGUGUGUCAGCCAGAGCAGUCGGGGACGCGCUUCCCGUCUGCUGCUGCUGCUGCUCUCUAAUUUCUCCUGCGGUGUUUUUUAUCUGACGAGUCUUCCUGUCUAUUGCGGGGGACGGGAGCUGCACUGCGCCCCGUCAGAGAGAGAAAGAGAGAGAGAGAGAGAGAGAGAGAGAGAGAGAGAGAGAGUAUAUGUGUGUGUGUGUGUGUGUGUAUGAUGGCGUGGAGACCUAAUUUGUAACACUACUAUUUUUGCUGAAGUCAUUUUUGUAGAUGUAGUGUAACUUUAGCAAAUUAAUUACCUAAGGAACAGGUGUGAUGGUAGGAAGUGGGCGCAGAGGUAAUGAGGAGGGGCGUGCGUACGUGCGUGAGGUGACGAGUGAGUAGUGUUAUCAGUUUAUAUAUCCAGAGAAUGACUACAGUUCUCUCACCUCUCACUCAACGCUCUCCCACGCAUUCACAUUUCUCCCCUCUCACCCUCACCCCCUCCUGCAUCCGCCUGACCCCUACUCUACCUCCUUUUUCCCUUAGUCCCACCUUUUCUCACACCCGUUUUCUCUCAGGACAACUCUAAAACCCCGUUUUUCUCCUGAUUCAUACCUGCUUUUUUUUUUUUUUUUUUUUUUUGCCCCCCAACUUGUCUAUUCCCGUGUUCCUUUGAUCUGUGUUCCUCAGAGCCCUUAUUAAACAUCGAAAUCAUGUCUUUUUUAAUUUAAUUUCCCUUUGCAGUAUCUGAGAGUAUUUGGAGAACGUUCUAAAAUAAAGGUUUACUUCUUGA